AGCAUUCUCAUCAAUAAAUAAAAAAGAUAACUUUAAAUGUUUAUUAUAUAUAAUGAGGAGAGACAGUACCAUCCAAGUCAAAAAAUAUAUACUUCAUCAUCUAAAUCCUCCCCCUUUAUUCCUGAUCCUAUUUAAAGCAACAUCAAGAAGCUACAUACAUACAAUUGUUCAUCAGAAGCUUGUUCUUCAUUUCUCUGUGGCUUCCCAAUGGCUAGAAGAGAGGAUUUUGGUGACUGCAAGUUCUUGGAUUCUGGAUUCAUUUCAGAUGAAGAAUCUCAUGAUUCAUUGUUUUCUUCGGCGACCGAUCUCAUGGAGGAUGAUGUUUCUUCUUCUUCUUCUUCGGAUCAUCUCCUUGAUUUGUCAUUGCUCAUGGCAAAUCUUCCUAUCAAGAGAGGGCUAUCCCAAUUCUUCCAAGGAAAAUCAAAGUCUUUCAGUUGUUUAUCUGAGGUUAGCUGCAUUGAAGACCUUGCCAAAAAGAACAACCUUUAUAGCAAGAGGAGUAAGUAUUGCAAGAGAAAUGCUGAAGGAAUGUACAUGAAUCAGAAAUCAUAUUACGCUCCAAAUAUUUGUAGUAGAAUCAUAUCAAAGAAACCUUUGAUGUACUCUUCUGAUCCAGUGUUUGUAAUGAACAAAAGUAGUAAUCUUUUUUGCAGUAAGAAAUAAGCUCCAAUUUCAUGGAAAAAGAUGUAGAAUGAUUGAUUUAUAAAAAUGAAAAAGAGAGAGAAAAGGAGGGCGAUGUAGUUGACUUGUAAUUUAUUUUUUGUAUGAUGAGUUUUGGAUGAAAUACUUCAAAUGA